AUGGAUAAAACUGUGUUUGUUCUGAUUCUUACUUCUUGUAUUGGAUUCGCUUACAGCGAUAAUUCCACCACAACAGCGCCAGACGAUGCCUGGAAACAAACUGGUAUAUGUAGAAAGUGUUCCUGCAAAGAUGUCAAAGUAGAUUGUUUUGAUCAGAGCCUAGUAGAUUAUUUCAGUAAAGAUGAAUGGAAUCUUUUAAAAGAUCUCAAACCGGAAGUGGUCGAUUUGAGCGAGAAUUUAUUCAGGAAUGUGACUGUCAUGGCGGAACUUCCGAUCCGCGUGUUAAAUCUGUCUCGCUGUUCUAUUGAGUUUAUAGAAAAUGGCAGCUUUAAGGAUUUACAGAAAAUGACUACAUUGGACCUUAGCCACAAUAAACUAACCACAGAAAAACUUAGUCCGCAUGCUUUUGAGGGUCGUUACUCUCCCGAAGAGUUUGAGCCUCUCUCAUCCAUGAGGACCCUAAGCCUCGCGUACAACGACCUCCACUCAUUAAACCAGGACCUCUUUGAACAUCUGCCUGAACUGACUGAAUUGGACCUCAGUGGAAAUCCAUUAACCACUAUUGAUCACGUCACUCUUAUAGCCAUAUCAAGUUUAGCAAUGUUGAAGGUUCUCCGUAUGCGUUCGUGUGAACUCACAGAAGUUCCGGAGAAGUUUCUCCACACUCCUCGUUUCUUAGAACAUCUGGAUCUGAGUGAUAACAAACUAACAGCUGUACCCCAGGAGCUGGAAGAAACCAAAAACCUCAUAUUCUUGAACCUAAACCAGAACCCGAUAGUAGAACUUGAUGCUACUUCGGAGAAAUACCCAGGAUUCCCCCGUCUUCGGAAAUUACAAGAGCUACACAUGUGUAAUAUGAAACGACUUACACGCAUCGGUCCUAGUGCGCUGGCCGGCUUAGAAAAUAUACAGAAACUACAUAUCAGUUUCAACCCAAAAUUAACGGUCAUUGACCCCAAGGCCUUAGCAAGACCUGACGAUAUAGGAGAAACAUACGACUGGCCGAUCGUUAAAGAGUUGUAUCUACAAUCCAAUAAUCUAUCGGAGAUUGAUUCACGUCUUGUUUCUCGUUGGGAUUUGUUGGAAAAGAUCGAUGUUUCAAAUAAUCCCUUCCUCUGUGACUGUACCACACAAUGGAUGGUGGACAUGUUGGUGCCAACCAUAGAAGCCAAGACAUUAAACUCCUCACAGAAGAUGAUAUGUAAUGAGCCAGUUGAGAUGAAAGGCUUCACUUUCUACCACCUUCACGCUGGUCACAGAACGAUGCGUUGUGUUGAUAAGUACGGUCACAGGCCGGAGAGGGACGGAGCGAUGCUGAUAGGGACUCUUAUAGGUGUUCUUCUCGCUGUUCCUAUAAUGUUCUGCAUCAUGAUGCUGGUUCGUCGUGGACACCUUUCGUGUCUGGGCUUACGCGGGCAAGAUGUGUCGCGUGCCUUCUACAAGCGAGCGCCCGCCGACGAAAACUAUAUAUAA